AUGAAUCGCUUAUUCGGCAGCAAAGCCGCAAAGCCCAAAUCCUCUCUCACCGAUGCCAUCGCAUCCACCGAAAACCGAGCCGACUCAGUCGAAGUCAAGAUCCGCAAACUCGAUUCCGAACUUGCCCGCUAUCGCGAUCAAAUGCGCAAGAUGCGCGACGGACCCGGCAAGGACGCUAUCCAACAACGAGCACUCCGCGUUCUCAAACAGAAACGUCUCUACGAAAACCAACUCGCUCAACUCCAACAACAAUCGUACAACAUGGAACAAGCGACAAUGACAACAGAGAACCUCCGUAACACAAUGGCUACCUUCGACGCGAUGCAAACAGCAAACAAGGAGAUGAAAAAGACAUAUGGCAAGAUUGAUCUGGAUAAAAUCGAAAGUAUGCAGGAUGAAAUGGAGGAUCUGAUUGAAGCUGCCAAUGAAGUGCAGGAGACAUUGGGGAGGAGUUAUGGGGUACCGGAUGAGGUGGAUGAGGAGGACUUGCAGGCGGAGUUGGAUGCGCUGGCGGAUGAUUGGGAGGCGGAAGAGGCGGCUGGGGAAUCGGUGCCGAGUUAUUUGCAGAGUAAUCAGGAGUUGCCGGACUUUGUGGAUGAGUUGCCGAAUCAAGGUCAGGCAGAGGGAGCGACUGCGGAGCAUGGAGAGGCCCUCCGUGCGGUGUAA